GCUCUGCGCCAACACCGGGUCCGACGUUGAAACCAACGCAGCAACCGACCGUUGACGGUGCGACCCCACAGCCGACCCCACAGCCGAUCCCACGGCCGACGCCCGCGCCUACCACGGCUGAGCCGACAUCCGGACCGACGCUAGCACCUUUGCCAGCGCCUACGUCUGGACCGACGCUCGCGCCGACGGUGACGUUCGCGCCGACGCAGACCCCAGCAGUCUGCGAGGGAGGCGCUGGCAAGUUCGACUACAACGGCCGCACCCUCCGCUGCAUCGAGCUCGACGGCGUGGUCGUGGACGUUUUGGAGGUGAAAGGAGGCAAACAGACGUGCCGGUACGACGAUGACAACUCCUGCCCGGCCGGCUUCGAAAUCUGGGUCCCGCAGAGCUACGAGCACGCCGAGGCCGUCGUAAACGAAGUCAACGACGCGGGCCUCACCAGCCUCGUCGGCGUGUACCGCGACGAUAACUCCUGCGGCGGAUGCACGGGCGUGGCGAUGAAUUCUGAGGCCUACGAUGGGUUCAGUGGCGAGCCCUGGACCAGCGUCGCGGGCUCGCCGUGGUUUUUGCGGUCGACGUCUUACUCCGAGCCAAACGGCGAUUACACGGCGGGCUGCUGGCUUAGCGUUGACGGAUUUGAUGAGGGAGUUGGCUUCAUCUUCGACGACAACUUCUGCAACUACUGCUUCACGAGCUACCUCUGCAGUACAAACACUUACCUGAGGCCGACGCCCGCGCCGACGACAUCCCUUGCGCCGACGUCGCAGAAGACUCCAUCUCCGACGUCUGCACCGACGACGGUUUUGCGGCCGACGCCAGCACCGACCGUGUCGGCCCAACCUACGUUUUCGGCGGCGCCCACCUUAGUGCCCACGAGUUGCCCAGCCGGUAAGCAAAGCGGGGGAUGCGACGGGGACAGCUGUGUAAAUUGCGUCGCCGGAACAUACAAAAAUAGUACGAUGACCGAAUGCGAACAGUGCCCCACAGGAAAAGUUUCGGGCGACGGUAAGGGCGGCGACGGACUCGCUUCAAAGGAAGGGGCGGAUCGUUGCACGCUUUGCUUAGAUGGACGGUAUUAUGAUGACAGUAAUGAUAAGGACCCCAAGUGUACACUUUGCCAAAAAGGCAAAUCAUGGAAAGGUGGAACCUGCGAGGACUGCGACGCAGGCCAUUUCCAGGACGAGGCUGGUCAAUUCGACUGUAAGCCAUGCGCGGCUGGCACUUAUGAGGUCAAUCUGAGAUCGUGCAAACCCUGCGACAAGGGUACCUUCUCCGGCGCCGGUUCGGCCACCUGCUUGACGUGUAUCCCGGGCAAGACCUCGAACCCUGGCGCCCCAAAUUGCUUCGACUGCGAGGCCGGCAGGUCAAGGAACGCGGACCAAGCCGAAUGCGAGCCCUGCGUUGCCGGGAAGCAAUCGAAGGGUGGCGAGCCGUCAUGUACCGAAUGUCUCAAAGGACGUUAUCAACCUGACAGCGACAAAGGUUUCUGCAGACUCGCGGAUCCCGGGUAUUUUGUAAAAGAGAAAGGCCAGACGAAACAGGAGCCAUGCGCCCAGGGCGAGUUUUCGAGCGGUUCCUCAAACACUAGGUGCACAAAGUGCGAAAGGGGCAAGUACGACAAUCGGUUUGAAAGCAAUGACUACACCACCAUCGCACAAUGCGACGAAAAUGACCGAAGCGCAAAGAAGGAUAAGUGCGGACUCAACACAUGCAAAUCUGCUAACGCAGGGCACUACGUCCCGAAUCCUGGAGCGUCUGAGCAACUAGAGUGCGAGGCCGGAACCUACGCGCCCAACAGGGGUUCUAGCGAGUGCUUGGAGGCCGCCGCCGGUUAUUAUGUCGAAAAUACCGGCGCGACGGAGCAGAAGAGCUGUCCCAAAGGGAGGUAUUCAAAUACACCCGGUGCUAUCACCUGCACGGAUUGUGAAGAAGGUUAUUACACGGGCACCGCGGGCUCGACUACCUGCAUAAGAGCGGAGGCCGGAUACUGCGCGGUCAGUGCGGAUGCAGAGAGUUGCAGUCUUGCGCCGACUCACGCGCCGACGAUGACGCUGGCGCCGACGAUGACGCGGGCGCCGACCCAAGCGCCGACGGCGACGCGGGCGCCGACUCAAGCACCGACGCGGGCGCCGACCCAAGCGCCGACGGCGACGCGGGCGCCGACUCAAGCACCGACGCGGGCGCCGACCCAAGCGCCGACGGUGACGCGGGCGCCGACUCAAGCGCCGACGGCGAUGCCGACGUCGACGACGGCUACGGCAGCGCCGUCGUACUCUUACUCUUACUCUCACGAUGAUGGCGACGCACGACGUCGGUUGGAUCAGGACUCUUUCGUCGACGCCGCGACUAGACCGAAGGAGAUUUAUGAGCGAGGCCCGGCGACCCAGGAGCAAGGUGACGACGCUGAGGUGGUGUCGCGGCGGCUAGAUCACUACGGCGACGACUUCUACGGCGACGACUUCUACAACGACGACUACCUCUUUGAUGACUUUGGCUACUACGGCCCUGAUGACGACAACGGCUCUGAUGAUCUCUGCCGCAAUGACAACCCAAAUUGCGAAUUCUGGGCUGAGAUUGGCGAAUGCGAGGCAAACCCCGGUUACAUGCUCGACUUUUGCUCUUUGGCGUGCGGGCUGUGCGUUAAGAAGAUCAACGGAGAAGACUGCCCACUAGAAAACAUAAUUGUCGUCUCUGAAAAUGGUUGCAUUCCGGGCCCACCUCACUUCGACCAGGAGGGUUCCGUCUGCGCGAACGAUGGAACUUCAGAAGAGGCUUACUGCUCAUACGAAAUCGGACCCGGCACGUGCGCGUAUUGCUCGCCUAACUGUCCGGACGUGUGCGGCCAGUUGCUCGAGCUGGUCCUCACGACGGACUUUUACCCGAGCGAGACCACGUGGAGCCUCACCUCUCCUUGCGGCAGCGCGAGUGGCGGGCCGUACUCGCAACAAUUGACGGAGAUUACAGAAGCCGUUUUAUUUCUCUGCGCGGGCCAGACAUACACCUUCGAAAUCUUCGACUCGUACGGCGACGGCGGCGGGUCGUACUACCUCGAGCUGAACGGCGACGUGAUCUACAGCUCGGAUGGAGCCUUUGGCUUUGGCGAGACCUACGUGUUCACGGCGCCUGACUCGCCGACGGCGUCCUGCUUGUGCAAGGAUUCGUGGAGCAACGUCGACUGUCCUGCUACCCAAGAGGGCUGCCCGGCGGUAGCCUGCGACGGCAGCCCCUACCGCUGGUGCGAGGUGGAAUUGUCGGAGUGCCCCUCGGCGAUUUACUGGCCCGCGGGUGACUAUCAUUACAUAGUGUGCGACGACAAGAACGUAGCUACGCCUGGGCCUACCCCGGCUCCGUCACCACGCCCGACGCCGCAGCCCACUCCGGGCCCGACGCAAGUGCCAGUGCGUAAAACAAACCGUCGCCGACUCGCCGCGCGUCUGCCGAAGCAUAACGCCAUCGACGCGACGCGAGCUCGACGACGUGGCGUUGCGGUCUGGUACCGCUCGUCCCGGCCAGCACGGCGGCGUUCUCGCCGAGAGGGGGACUUGGUGCAGAAUUCUCGCGCGCCCCCGAUUCACUGUUUGAAUUGCCCACAGGCCGGUGCCGACGCCACAGCCGACGCCGUACCCGACGCCGCGCCCGACGCCGAUGCCGACGCCGCAGCCUACCCCGGCUCCGACGCCGGCUCCGACGCCCGCGCCGACGCAAGUGCCAGUGCAUAAAUCAAAUCGCCGACUCGCCGCGCGUCUGAAGGAUCAUGACCUCACCGCCAUCGACGCGACGCGCUCGAUGGCGUGGCGUCGCGGUCUGGUACCGCUCGUUCCGGUCAGCGCGGCGGCGUUCUCGCCGAGAGGACUUGGUGCAGAAUUCCCGGUCGACUCACUGUUUGAAUUGCCCACAGGCCGGUGCCGACGCCGCAGCCGACGCCGUACCCGACGCCGCGCCCGACGCCGAUGCUGACGCAGCAGCCCACUCCGGGCCCGACGCAAGUACCAGUGCAUGAAUCACCGUCGCCGACUCGCCGCGCGUCUGCCGAAGCAUAACGCCAUCGACGCGACGCGAGCUCGACGACGUGGCGUUGCGGUCUGGUACCGCUCGUUCCGGCCAGCACGGCGGCGUUCUCGCCGAGAGGGGGACUUGGUGCAGAAUUCUCGCGCGCCCCCGAUUCACUGUUUGAAUUGCCCACAGGCCGGUGCCGACGCCGCAGCCGACGCCGUACCCGACGCCGCGCCCGACGCCGAUGCCGAUGCCGGAGCCGACCGUGACACCCGGCAGCCCCACGGCCAGCCCGGUCUUAGCGCCGACGCCGUGGCCGACUUUGCGGCCGACGCCCAGCCCGUCGCCGCGGCCCACGCCCAAGCCCACGCUACGGCCCACGCCGAUUCCGGCGCCCCUGCCUACGGAAAGUCCUACGCGCCAACCCACGCCGCGGCCCACGCCGACGCCGACCCCGGCGCCAUCCUCCAGGCCGACGCUAGCGCCUACGCCAGCGCCUACGUCUGGACCUACGCCCGUGCCCACGGCCGCGCCCAUCGCCUCGCCUACGGUCUCGCCGACGUUUGCUCCCACGUUUGUGCCGACGCCUGCACCGACGACGCCCGAGCCGACAGCCUGGCCAACGCCAGCGCCAACGUCAGAGCCAACGUCGGGGCCUACGCCUGGGCCUACGCCUGGACCGACGGCCGCGCCGACGUCAGAGCCGUCGUCCUCGCCGACGACCUCGCCGACGUCCGUAGACGGUGCUAUCAAGCUGCUCCCGUGUCCAAGCGGCACCUACUCGAAAUCGGGCUCCAUCUAUUGCAUCCCGUGCGAUCCGGGUACAUUUGCCAAGGAAGGCUCCCCGGAGUGCACCUCAGCCGAUCCCGGACACGUACCAUUAGCAGACGCGUCCGAUCAGGAGCCGUGUCCCGCGGGCAAGCAUGCGAGCGGCAAAGGCAACGAAGAGUGCCUGGACUGCGAGGAAGGUAAAUUCGCCAAGGUUGAGGGCAUGGCCGACUGUGACCCGGCCGAUGAAGGGCACUACGUCCCAAAUUCUACAGCGUACGAGCAGCUAGAGUGCGAACCCGGGACCUACGCGCCCAAUACUGGUUCUCGCACGUGCUUGUUCGCCGGAGCCGGCUUCUAUGUCGAGAAUCCUGGCGCGGUGAAGGCGGAAAAGUGUGAUAAGGGUAAGUUCUCGGGCGAGGCUGGCAAAGCAAAGUGUGAAAACUGCGAGGCAGGAAAAUACGCGGAGACCGUGGGCACGGUCGCCUGCGUUCCCGCGGACCCCGGUAACUACGCCGACCUUAUUUAUGAUGCUCCGACACGAGUGCCAACGUUAGCGCCAACAAUGACGCCAGCGCCUACGCCAGCGCCAAUCUUCGCGCCGACGCCCGCGCCGACGAUGACGCCAGCGCCUACGCCCGCGCCAACCUUCGCGCCAACGAUGACUCAAGCGCCGACGACUGCUCGGAGACGCCUCGACGAGGAUGCGCCCGAGUUGACGCAGCAGCACUCCGGGGUUGCGCACAAAGGUGACAAAGGUGACUCGCCGGCCCUUAAGCCCGGGCUCGCCACGGCGACGGCGACGUUCGUGCCGUCGGACCCGUACUACCCCGACGCCGCGUGGUACCUUGAAGCGAUCCGCGCGCCCGAAGCCUGGGCCGCGGGCUACACGGGCGCCGGCGUCCAGAUCCUCAUCAACGACGACGGCGUCGACAACACGCACCCGGACCUGGCGAAGCUCGACGUGGCCAACUCGUGUGACGUGUAUGCCCCGUCGGGGGAUAAUGCGCACGGGACCGCCUGCGCGUCGCUGGCGGCCGGCGACUCGAACUCGCAUUGUGGCGUGGGAGCGGCGCCGGACGCGGGCCUGGCGUCGUGCGUCAUCCCUCUCGGAGAUGACCCCGGCCCGUUCGCGUCCCAGGCCACUAACGGGACCUUCAUCUCGCACAACCACGAAGUCAACGACAUCUCCUCAAACAGCUGGGGCUACGAUCUCUGCGGGCGCCACUCGUACUCGGCGGACUGCCCGUUCUCGUGCCCCUCGGGCACGUCGUCCUGCCCCUGCGACGCGUGUGAUGGAGACGACUGGUCCAGUGGUAAUCUCUCGUCGUCCUGCGAGGCCGCGGUCGUGAGCUACUGCUCGUACUACUUCGAGAACGACGCGACGCCCUGUCUGGAAUUGGACCACUACUUCGUCCAGUGCGGCUUCGGCCAGAUGUCGAGCCACGGCCACGACACGAUGCUCGACGGCGUGACGAACGGUAGAGGUGGAUUGGGCAUGGUCUUUGUCUUCGCGGCGGGCAACUCGUACGACGUCGGCCAGGACGUGAACUACGAGGGCUACCAGAACUCCCGGUUCACGAUGAGCGUCGGCGCCGUCGGCCGCGACCUCAAGCACGCGUCCUACUCUUCGACCGGCGCACCGGUCUUCAUCAGCGCGCCAGGCGGCGAUGAAUACGGCAUGAUCGCCGCGCUGCCGCUCGCUCUCAGCGCCGUCGACAACUGUGGUAACGUCGGCGUGGGCACGUCCUACGCGGCCCCGCUGGUCUCCGGCGUCGUCGCGCUGGUUCUGGAAGCAAAUCCUAGUCUAACGUGGCGCGACGUCCAGGGGGUGCUCGCCGCGACCGCGCAGACCGAUUUUAACGACGAGGACGACGAGACUGGCCAGUGGACCACGAACCAGGCCGGCGUCAAACAUAGCUACAAGUACGGGUUCGGGCUCGUCGACGCGCUGGCAGCGACGGCGGCGGCGACGAAUUGGACGACCUGGGGCGCGGAGCUGACGAACAUGACGUUGACGACGAGCGGCGAGGCCCUGCUCGAUUACAACGGAACUGAGCACUGGGUCGAGUCGACGGCUGCGGAUUUCGCCGGCGCCUCGGACUUUGUGAUCGAGGCCGUCGCGGUCUACGUGACUAUAGAACACCCCCGGCGGGGCGAUCUGCGGAUCGAAUUGGAGAGGAACGGCGUCACCUCGCUGCUCACGGACGACAAGCUCGAGUUCGGCACGCGCUACACGCACCACAAGUAUACCACCCUGAGACACUGGGGCGAGCGCGCGGACGAGGGCGCGUUCACGCUCCGCGUGGCGGAUCGGAGAGCGGGGAGCGGCGACGACGACGACCUCGGGUCGGAGCCAUACUGGGCCGAGUGGUACUACGCCGACGACGACGGGGACGACGAUGGCGUCCUGGUGUCGUGGACGCUCCAGCUCUACGGCCACGACUUUGUUUCGAGCGACACUCAAGCGCCGACGGUGACGCCCAAGCCGACGGCCGGCCCAUGCGUGAACGACGAUUCGACCGCGGAUAGCUACGGUGAUACUUGCUCGUCGUGGUAUGACAGCUUUCCUGGAGGUUGUGGAAGCUACGACGACGAGGAUUUCACGGCGAGCGAGCAGUGUUGCGCGUGUGGUGGUGGUCUUGCUGGUGGCACGUUCGCACCGACGGUGUCGCAUAAUCCGACGGCCGACCCGUCACCUAGGCCUACAUUCGCGCCGACGGUGACGCCCGAGCCGACAGCCGACCCAUGUGGUGUGCUCGUGCCCGUUUCGGUCGACGAGUGUCCUGACGAUCCAAACCUUGCUACUUGCGACAUUGUGGCCUGCGGCGAGCUCUGCGAGGGCGACGGCGAGUGUGGGACCGAUGGUAGUCUGGACAACUGUGGUGCCUUCGACGUCUACAGGAAGUACUGCGGGGCCGUGACGCUGGCGCCGACGGCCGAUCCGUCGCCUAGGCCUACGUUCGCGCCGACGGUGACGCCCACGUCCGCGCCGACGGUGACGCCCGCGCCGACGGCUGUUCCGUCGCCUAGGCCUACAUUCGCGCCGACGGUGACACCCAAGCCGACGACUGGCUUGCCCGAGGUCCCCGACGGCUACGUGCCUGAUACCGACCCCGCAUCGUACGGCGUGGGCAAGUGCGCGGCUGAUAUUCCCGGCAUGACGUUCACGAACACGGGAAGCUGCUUCCCGUUUGAGAGCUACGGGGACAACUACUACUACUACGGCGGCUACGGCUCCGUCCCUCAUUGCCGAGAAGUGGCCUGCGGCCACUACUGCGAGGGCGACGGCUUUUGCCCGGGCCCUCCGUCUCUUGAUUCCAACACAUGUGAUGGCGCCUACGAGAUGUACUAUAAGGACUGCCCGCCAGAACCAACGCCCGCGCCCACGGCGACGCCCGCGCCGACGGCGACGCGCGCGCCGACAACAACCUGUCGAGCCUCCUGCGACCAGACGUUCAAACUGAUCCUGAAGACGGAUAACUACCCGAGUGAGACCACUUGGAGCGUGACUUCUCCUUGUUAUCCUAAUAGCGGCGGGCCUUACUCGCAACGAGAUACGGAGCUUAUAGAAGAAGUUCAGAUUUGCGGGGGCCAGAACUACACCUUCGAGAUCCGAGAUAGCGCGAGCGAUGGGAUCUGCUGCGGUUUUGGCGACGGAUCGUACUACCUCGAGCUGAACGGCAACGUGAUCUACAGCUCGGAUGGAGACUUUGGCCUGGGCGAGACCGUCGAGUUUUUUGCGCCCGAAACCGUUGACAACACCACCACGCCCUCGCCGACGGUUGGAGCGUACUCUGGUGCCGACAAACAGUUGCCGUGCCCGGCGGGCACCUUUUCGGGCGCUGGUCAUUUUAAAUGCACGGACUGCUCCAAAGGCAAAUACGCCGAAUUUGCUUCAUCGAGCAGCUGUAGAGACGCUGCCCCUGGACAGUACGUGAGCACGACGGGGGCGUCGGAGGCCUUAGAAUGUCCACCGGGCAAGACUUCCGGGACGGCCGCGGUUGAGUGCCGCAAUUGUUCACUCGGCACUUAUGCCGAGCAGCCAGGUAGCCCCAGCUGCAAGCUAGCCGAUAAGGGCUACUUUGUCGACAAUGAGGGCGCAUCGAACCAGACGAAGUGCAAGGCCGGCACCUACACGAACGCCGAGGGCCGGUCGACGUGCUUCCCCGCCACGCCCGGCUCCAUCGUCCCGUUCGACGGCGCGUCGACGCAAGAUCCCUGUGACGUCGGCACGUACUCCGGCUCCGGCGAGAGCGCGUGCACGCCUUGCGCGAACGGCACGUAUGCCUCGAAGCCGCGCUCGGCGAGCUGCAAGCUCGCGGACGCGGGCUCCUACGUCUCGGACGAUAAUAGGACGAAACAGAUCCAGUGUGCGAACGGAACCUACUCGCCGGGUCCAGGCGCCAGCGAGUGCAUUGCAUGUUCGCUCGGUACGUUUGCGGCCGACAAAGGCGCCACGAAGUGCGAGGAUGCAGCGGCUGGAAGCUACGUGGACGCGGCGGGAUCGUCAACGCAGACGAAGUGCAAGAAGGGCUUCUACACGAAAACCACUGGCCAGUCGGCGUGCCUGCCAGCCACGCCCGGCUUCAAGGUCCCUAACGAGGGCUGGUCGAGCGAUCCAGAGGCAUGUAAGGCCGGCGAAACGUCGGAUCCUGCCGCUGAUGCGUGCAGAACUUGUCCGGAUGGCUCUUUCGCCAGCACCGCGGGCUCGUCGAGCUGCACACUCGCCGAUCCGGGCUACUACGUCUCGGACGACGGCGAUAGAACGGAACCGAUCCCGUGCGAAAAGGGCUCCUACUCGCCGGGUUCGGGAGCCGACACGUGCGUCAAGUGCUCACCCGGCACGUACACUGAUGCAAAGGCCCAAUCGGUCUGCAAGAAAGCUUUACCUGGAGAGUGCGUCGCCUGUGCAGGAAUCAAGACUUCAUGCCUUCGUGCGUCGUUCUCCACGCCAUCGACGCGACGUCUGCUCGAUGGUGUGAUCGACGCCAUCGAUUCCGCGACUCACUGGUUGACUUCUCCACAGGUACGUCGGCCGCGAGGGCUUGACGGCGCCGACGCAGUGCGACUCUGGAAAAUACACUAAGACCGAGGGCCAGUCGACGUGCCUGCCCGCUGAGCCCGGGGAAUAUGUCCCUACGCCGGGAUGGUUGAAGGAGCCAAAAAAGUGUAUGCCCGGCGAAACGUCGGGGUCAGAAGCUACUUCGUGCGCCCCGUGUCAGUCUGGCUCGUACGCCAAAGACUCGGGCUCGCCGAGCUGCAAACUCGCCAGCGAGGGCCACUAUGUCUCGGACAACGACAGAACCGAAGAGAUCCCAUGCGACGAGGGCUACUACUCGCCGGGUUCAGGGGCCCGAGAGUGCGCGAAGUGUCCGUUGGGUACGUACGCCAAGUCCAAGAAGGCAGCUCGGUGCGAGCCUGCCAGGCCUGGCUGGUACGUGGACGAGGAGGGCGCGUCCGAACCAAAGGAGUGUGAGCGCGGCACGUACACGAGCGAUGAGGGCCAGUCGAGCUGCCUGCCCGCCACGCCCGGCUCCUUCGUCCCGUCUGACGGCGCGUCGAAGCAGGAGGAAUGCGCCAGGGGCGAAUUCUCUGGCUCCGGCGAAAGCAAGUGCGAGACAUGCCUAUCUGGUUCAUACGCCGAUAAGCCGGGCGCCGCGAGCUGCGAGUUUGCCCAGGCAGGAUCCUACGUCGCCGACAGAACAAAGAAGCCUCUGCCAUGUCCGAUCGGGACUCACGCUCCGGGUCCGGGCCUCGACGAGUGCAUCGACUGUUCACUAGGCUCGUUUGCGGCCAAGACAGGCGCAAAGGAAUGCGAGCUCGCCGCGGCUGGCUCCUUUGUGGACAAGGAGCGGUCUUCGGAGCAAAAGCAGUGUCCAGCUGGCCGCUACACAAAGGAGUCCGGCCAAUCGGCUUGCUUGCCCGCGGACCCUGGCUAUUAUGUUGACGAAGAAGGGAAAAGAGAGCAGAAGCAGUGUCCUGAAGGAACUUUCUCGGGGUCGGGCGCCAAGCGAUGCGAACCCUGCGAGAAGGGCACCUUCGCCGACAAGGACGGUACGGUCAGCUGCAACCCGGCCGAAAAAGGAUCGUUUGUCGCCAAGGAUGGCGCGUCGGACGACAAGGAGUGCGAUCCGGGCAAAUACUCGCCGGGAGCAGGCGCGCUCGAGUGCACCGAGUGUGCGGUCGGUUCGUUCUCGGACAAGUCCGGUGCCACUAGCUGCACGCCCGCUGGCAAAGGGCACUUCGUAAGGCAACCGGGGUCUUCCAAGCAGACAAAAUGUGCUGCAGGAAGGUACACGGACACCGAAGGCCAGUCCGGCUGCUUGCCCGCAGAUCCCGGAACGUACGUGCCCAAAGAGGGCUCCUCGUCGCCGAUAGAUUGUGAUCCAGGACGAUACUCCGGCUCGGCCCAGAGCUCGUGUCAAGACUGCGCGGCGGGGCGCUUCGCGGCUACCAAACGCACGGACACCUGCACGCUGGCCGAGCCCGGGUUCGUCGUUGUUAGAACCAGUGUGGAAAAUCGGGUACGUCACAAAUACCUUCGCGGCGACAAUGCGGUUGCGCUGGCUACGUCGAACGGUGAGAGAUCCGCACAGCCACGCCAUCGAGCAGACGUCGCGUCGAAGGCGCCGUGAACUUGUUAUCGCACAGGUUGGAACGGGGGCGACGAAGGAGGUGGAGUGCCUCAAAGGCAGCUACUCCCCGGGGGAGGGUGGCAAGAACUGCAUUCGAUGCUCGCUCGGGACCUUCGCCCGGUCCAACAAGGCGAGUCUGUGCGAGCUAGCCGAACUCGGACAUUAUGUGGACAAGGAGGGCGCGUCCGAGGAGAAGAAAUGCGAGCGCGGCACCUACACCGACGCCAAGGGCCAGUCGAGCUGCCUCGACGCCAAGCCUGGCUACUUCGUGGACGCCGUCGGCGCGUCGAAGCAGGAGGAGUGCCCGCCUGGCAAAACCUCAGAUCCGGCCGCUUUUGUUUGCGAAUCUUGUCCAGCCGGCUCGUUUGCCGCCACCUCGGGCACAGCGAGCUGCGACCUCGCCCAAGCUGGCUUCUAUGUCCCCGAAAACGAUUCUCGUGCCGCGGUGGGUUCCUUAGCCACCGACACGGCCAGAACGGCACCGGUGCCGUGCCCGAGCGGCCGCUAUUCGCCGGGCGAAGGGGCCAAAGAGUGCUUCGAGUGCGCGGUGGGCAAGUACGCCGCCACCGAGGGCACCGUGACUUGCGAUGACGCCAAAAAAGGAUAUUAUGUCGCAGCGCUCGGCGCUCUGGACGAGGUUCAGUGCGAGGCCGGUACCUACACGAACGCCGAGGGCCAGUCGAGCUGUCUUGACGCCAGGCCCGGCUACUACGUCUCGGACGUCGGCACGUCGCCGUGCAGAAGUCACUAGUUCACGUCGCCUUCGACCAGCACGCCAUCGACGCGACGUCUGCUUGAUGGUGUGGUGGUGCGGGUCCCACGCUCGACUUAACCGAGUGCGCCCUACUCACUCGUCGAUUUCCACACAGGCGCGUCCGAGGAGACGAAGUGCUCGGUUGGUGAAUUUUCUGGUCCGAAAGCUACUAAGUGCACGCCGUGCGAGCCUGGCUCCUACGCCGAGGAGCCGGGCACGGCGACGUGUUCUCUAGCAGAGGCGGGCCACUACGUCAAGGAUAGUGAUAGAACGAAACAGAUCCCAUGCGAGGAAGGCUACUACUCGCCGGGCCCCGGGGCCAACGAGUGCUUGGUCUGCCCGGCCGGGACCUUCUCCGAGGCCACGGGCGCGACAAAGUGCACGUUCGCGAAGCCAGGCUGGUUCGUCGCCGUCGAAGGAGACUCGAAGGAGACGGAGUGCCCUGUAGGCAAAUACGCUGUCGACCCGGGCUCUUCGCGGUGCACAUCUGCCGCCGCCGGCUCCUUCGUCGACGCGCCUGGAGCGACGGAAUCGACACCUUGCGCCCCUGGGAGGUUUGCAGACACGUCAGAAGCCCGUGCGUGCCAGAACUGCCCGGAAGGCUACUAUGCGGAUAAGGGGGGCACGGCCGUCUGUUCUCUCGCAGUCGCUGGCUUUUUCGCCGCAAAUCCUGGGAGACGAUUGCGGGAGGAUGGAGCGCGUGGUACCACGGGCGCGACGGCGCAGUUGCCGUGUCAGCCAGGUUCGUUCUCCAUUUCGGGCUCGAGCGAGUGCACCCCUUGCUCUGCGGGAAAAUACGCCGCUUCGGAAGGCGCCAUCGAGUGCGUGUCCGCCGAGCCGGGCUGUUUUGUUGCUGAGGACCGCGCUUCUAAGCAGGAGCCGUGCCCCGAGGGUCAUCACGCGAGCGGCUCGGGCAACUCGGAGUGCACUCUGUGUGAGCGUGGAAAAUACGCCGCAUCGGCCAAGACGCCUGAGUGCACGCUCGCGAGGCAAGGCUACUUCGUCGCGGAGGAGGGUGCCACGACUGAUGUAAUAUGCGCACGCGGAACGUACUCGCCCGGCCCGGGAUUGUUUGGAUGCGUAUCGGCCAACUCUGGAUCGUUUGUUGGCGUCGAGGGCGCCUUUGGUCAGGAGAGCUGUCCAGUUGGAAAGUUCUCGAGUAGUCCAAGUUCCACCGAGUGUUCUUUAUGUCCGAAGGGCGAGUUCAAUGUGAACAUGGGCAAGUCUGGCUGCACGCCUGCGACCUCUGGCCACUUCGUCGCUUCCGAGGGCGCAAUAAAGCAAGAACCGUGUCCAAGGGGCAAACACGCGAGUGGAAGUGGUAGCUCCGAGUGUUCCCUAUGCGCACCGGGAAGGUACGCGGACGAGAUAGGCCUGGGCGAAUGUAAGGCAGCCGAGUCCGGAAAUUAUGCCGAGGGCACGGGCGCGACGGGGCAGGCCCUGUGUCCAGCAGGAAAGUAUAUGCCUGACGAAGGCGCGCCCGCGUGCUCGCUGGCAAAUGCUGGGUUCUUCGUGAAGGAACUUGGGGCAAAGGAACAGACGAAGUGUCCCGCGGGAGAGUUCUCCGCGGAGUCUUCUAGCUCGACAUGUAACCCUUGUGCGGCCGGCACGUUUAGCUCAAAAAAGGGCGAAGCCUCAUGUACGUCGUGUGAUGCUGGGAAGUCUAGUCAGGAAGGAGCGACCAGUUGCUCCAUGUGUGAGGUAGGUAAGGCGAAGCCCGCUGGCCCUGGCGAGUGCAAGCCCUGUGAGAAAGGCAAAUUCGCCAAAAAGGAGGGCAGGGGCGAGUGCAAGCUUGCCGACGCGGGGUCUUUCGUGGCAAAGUCGGGAGCUUUCGAACAGGAACGGUGUCUUCCAGGCACCUACUCCCCGGGCGCCGGAGCGGUGGAGUGCAUCCAAUGCGAGGAAGGGCGGUACGUCUCUAGAAAACGGGCCACGGCGUGCGACCUGGCUUCUGGCGGCGAAUACGUCGCCACGAGGGGAGCGACCAAGCCGUCCAAGUGUGCCGCGGGACGAUUUAGCGGGUCGGGCGCGUCUUCUUGCGCGCCCUGCGAACCAGGAACGGUGAGCGAAGCCGGCGCGUCAGGGUGCGCCCUGGCGGAAGCGGGAGUAGCCACCAACGCGAAUCCGAGCUACGUGAUUACUCUAGACUCGAGCCUCGAGCUAGAAGGAUACCUCGACAGCCAGAAAAAUCGAAGUGCCCUCGCGAGUCUGCUGAAGGACGUCAUUGGGGACUUAGCCGAUCAACCUGUUGUCGUGACAAUUGAACCGGCCCUCUCACAGGACGCUUUUAGUUCCGCCAAUUCGACGGAGAGCUUCUCGAACAAUCUUUUCUUCACGGUCGAGGCGAAUUACACGGGCGUCUGGGGCGAGAACAUGGACAACGUUUCAGCGCUGAUGUUGGACGACUUCAAGUCGCAGUUCCUAGAAGCCAUCGAAACCGGGACGCUUCAGAAGUCAUUAGACGCUUCAGAUGUCCUUUCGUCAGCCUCUAUCGACGAGGACGCGAGCUUAGAUGGUAUCAGACGCUCUGACGUGAAUUUUAUCCGUGUCGGGCCACCUGGCUCGUUCGUCGGCCUAACCAGAGACUGUCCGGCGGGGAAAUUUUCUCAGAGCGGCGCGUUUGAGUGUUCGGAUUGCCUCACGGGCACGUAUACGUCCAUGUCUGGGCAGAGUACGUGCCAGCCGUGCGUGCCGUUUUCCACGACGAGCGGCGAAGGCAAGACCGGUUGUUUCACGUGCCUCCAAGGCUACUAUCGGGUCCCCUUUGAGGCUGGCACAAGUGGCGUGUCCUGUAGCAAUACGUCGGCCCUGCAAGAGCAGUGUGCCAGCGAAGAUGACCCCAAUGACUGUGUCUUUAAGGAAUGCUGCGAACCGUGUGACGCCCUGGGGUCUGGUGUCGAUACGUGCCGCAAAGCGACGACGCUCGAGGCCCUGCCCGUGAAGGAGCGGUACUGGCGUGCCACGGAGCUCGAGGACUCGAUCUACCGCUGUUAUUACCGGAAAUCUUGCAAGGGCGCGCAGCCAGGCCUGAAUCAGAAUCAGACCAGCUACGGCGACGGCCUCUGCCGCAAGGGCCAUAAGGGCCCGCUUUGCAACGUGUGCGAGAAAAACCACUACUUUUCGUUUACUAAUCUCACGUGCGACGAGUGCGCUAAGACCUCAAUAGCGAUUUUCGUCCUCAUAGUUAUCACCGUAUUUGCGCUGCUCGCGGCGUUGCUGUACGUGAGUCUUCACCCCGACACGUGGGAGGCGUCGGUCACGGCAUGCGUCGAUCAAGAUUGUUGCAACGAUGCCGUCAUGGACAGCGUCGUCGACCACGCGGAGAGACGGUCCUCUGAAACCGAAGACAAAGCGAAGCAGCAGGCGCACACGGAGGCCGCCGAGCGCUCCUCACCAAAAUCGGGGCCGGCCGAGGCGCGUUCCUCCGACGCUAGCAUCGGAGCUCCGGCACGGGAGAAGAAGAAGCGGUCCACGGCGUUGACCAAACUCAAGAUCGUGAUCGGGUGCUACCAGAUUGUGUCGGGCGUUCAUCCGUUAUUUCCCACGAUUCCGUUGCCCCCAGUGCGCAAAUAAAGGUUCAAUUUGCCUUCAUCGGACUGUCACUCGUCGAGAGAAAUGACAUUCCGCCGGCUCACUGGUCGAUUUGCACACAGGUGGCCCGUGGCCUACGAGCAAGUCGCUCGAUUCUUUGGCUUCGCGUCGCUGGACCUCUCGGGCGUGGCGCGCACGGCCUGCAUGUUUCCUUGGGUAGAUUACAUCUGGUCGAUGGAGAUUUCGACGAUCUGGCCCAUCGUCGUCCUGGUGCUGACUUACUUUGCCUGCCGAUAUGCAAAAAAAGUAGACAAGUGGACGUACUUUGCAUUUAUUCUAGUAUACCUCGUCUUUCCGUCCAACUCCUCGGCGGUCUUGCGCUACUUCAACUGCGUAAAGUUCGAUGCGCGGGGCCGCAGUCCAGGUAAGCUUAAGGUGCUUAUGGCCGACAUGUCGAUCAAUUGCCGAAGCAGACGCUACAAGCUCACGUCGAUCUUCACCUGGAUCAUGGUAGCCAUUUAUCCGAUCGGAAUCCCCGUGCUCUGUUUUGCCACGCUCUUCUGGUACCGGAAGCGGAUCAACCCGACCACGACCUCCGACGGCAUGGACGAAAAGAUCAACAAGCGCGACAACGACCGCCGCCUCGACCGGAUUAGGUUCCUCUUCGAAGAAUACGAGCCGCGCUACUGGUGGUUCGCCGUCGUCGAGCUCAUCCGUCGCCUCUACCUCACGGGUCUUUUAGCUUUCUUCGGUUCUGACGAGGAGCCAUCGACUACCACGCAAACGGCCCUCGGCCUCUUGGGAGCUAUGGUCUAUUACAUUGUCAUGGCUCAUUUCGAGCCUUACGUUGAUGAUUCAGACGACCUGUUAGCUAAAGUCGCGGCAGUGCAGGUCAUCUUUACGUUCUUUGGCGCCACCAUGCUCCAGGCGCGAAGCAACUCGGACGACGAGGAGGCGGGUGACCCUCAGGGAGUAUUCCAAGGCGCAAUCUUUGCCGCGAUCUGCGUCAUUGUUGGGCUCUUCACCUUCUCGGUGGCUCUCUACAUCCUCUUCUCUGAACUCUCAAGUACCUACGCAGCCUCAGCGGCAUCGGGAAACCAAUACGUGGGGAGAAUUUCCGAGUCAUUCGGGAGCGCGACCAAUUACUUGAAGAAGAAAGUGGACAGCAUUGGUUCAGCUGAGGACCUGGCCAACCUCGCCGAGGAGGCCAAGGACGAUGCUGCCGAGGAGCCAGACGCGCCGAUCUCGCCUCUGACUCCGGCGCCAAUCUCUCCUCCUCUCAAGGCCGCGCUCUAGAUCACCGGCCUCUUGAGGCCGUUCGACGCCGUCGCGCCCUACGCUGGGGGCCGGCGGCGUCACCCAAAUUUUAGCCGACCUUGUGUCGAAAACUCGUGGCUGCGCUUGUCGACCUCUUGGGGACGACGGCGCCGCCGCACCUGCCGACCUGUCGGUAAUCCACCACGCCGCCGCGCCUUCUCGAGGCCGGCGGCAUCGCGCGAAAAAGUAAGGUAGGCGAUUUGCCGCGCGCAUACAUCAAGCCUCCACCGCCCGUCGGCCUCACGGUCGACGGGCUGUCCGACGCCGCCGAGCCGAGCAGACGCGACGCUGGACGCGCUCAGAUGACCUGGACGCAAACCACACGCUGACGACGUGUGGCACCACCACCCAAUCGAUGCCCUCCCCUCAAUAACAGAACGAGUUCCGCGGCGGUUCCGGUGGACGCACGGCGUCCUCCGCCGCACCGAUGAAUCGUACGAGGGAGCCGUGUCGCCGUCGCGCCGACUAUUCGUCGGCGCGGCGGAGAAGCGCCGCAAACGAGUUCGGCCCACCUGAUGCUC